ACCAAGGAACAAAUAAUAGCUUGUGUCGCCUUGUGACAAUAUUAACCUUUCGUGCGCGCGAGUAUUGCGUCGGCGGCACAAUAUUAAUUACAAUUAUAGAGUAUAUACACGAUGAUGAUCACUUUCACACGCGCAUGUACGGCAUUCAGUUCAGCGAGUACACUCCUCGGCGAUAAACGCUAAAUACUUUGCACCUGUACGCGUUUCGUGACAAACACGACUAUCGACAAACGAUCAGAGGCAGUGUUUGUGGACGAUUUGGACCGUCCUCUUGACGACAAGUGCGAAUUCGUUCGUUUAGUUGACAGAAAUGGCUUUCGCGUUCGGUCCGAUGUUUUGUGGGCGACUGCUUAAACGGCACACAUAACUCCGAUGGUACCUACCGAUGACUUAACGCCACUGACUCUUUGUUACUUCAGCUGUUGAAUGCCGCUAACAAGGAAAUUUAAGCCCGAAAUGACUACUACGACUAGUAUGACAAUACAACUAAGGCCACUUUUACUGCAGUAGGGGCUGUUGACCGAAACUGCAUGAGAUCAACACAAAAAUGACGGCAACGACUGUUAUGUUAUUGCUGAUGCUGCUAGUCACCAUUGCAGCGGCAUCUGUAUUACCAAAUGUACCGGUGGCCACCGCGGAAAAAGAGCAGAAAAAACCCGGAGGAAGUGGCAUAUCGUCUUUGGAUUUAUACCACUCAAUGGAGAUGGGUGAACAGGAAAGACUUGAAAGCCUUGGUGGCAACGAAGACGAGGAUGAUAGCGAAAAAGAUAGUGGUGGCUCGCUGCUGGCAAUGGCAGGCGGUAGUGAUGACGAAAAUGAUAUCGACCAGGAACAUCUUACCGGAUUGUUGACUUGCAUGUCUUGUUCGGGCGUGUUACCUGCUUGGCAAGACGAGCAAAACGCUCAUGUUGACGAACAGUCUUAUUGUUUGUCCGAUCGUGGACAACCACUGUCGCAAGACAACAGUAACGUGGACGAAGAACUGAAUGUGUGUUUCGGGGCUGUGCGUUGCUGGAAGGCGAAAGUGCGUGAAGAGCACGGCCUUGUGCGUAUCAGUCGUGGUUGUAUGUCCGGUGGACAUGGUGUUGGAAACAGACAUUCAACCCAAUCCAACUCUGAGCAUCAAUCGCUGCAUCCUUGUAUGGGUGCUAUUAGCAAUGAUUCUUCGACAAAAAAUAAUGAUACCUCAAAACAACCUCGAUCCAUGGUUUGGACAUCGUCGCAUACUUAUUCAUCUGCGUCCGCUGGCCAGCAACAGCCCCCUAGCUACGCAAUUGAAUGUUGCACCGGUCGUGAUCGCUGCAAUGACGGCUCGUUCCCAUCGUUGUCCGGCAGUGGCUUAACAUCAGCGAUCGACGAAAAUGGUUCUCUGCUCGCAGCUGUGGCCUGGUGGCGGUGGUCAUCCAUCUCCGUGGCAGCGUUACUGCUCGUUGUCGUUAUCGUGGCUACAGUAUCUUUGACGGUCUUCGCGUUGUAUAGAAACGACAGUAAGAAUAAGAAGAGAAAACGUCGAAGGAGGAGCAAGAGCAGCAGCAGUAGAAGGAGCAAGCGACGAAAGCGGAGUACUCGCCACUACGAAGAUGGUAACAGUGAUGACAGUGAUAAAAAGGACAAAAAGAGACAUCGACAAUUGUCGUUUUCGUCAAUAUCAUCGUCGUCUUCGUCGUUAUCAUCAGUGGCGUCAUCGUCUUCUUGCUGUGAAGGGAAGAAAAGAGGUAGAAGGAAACCCAACGUGACCGCUUUAACUAUGGUCGACUUGCUGAAAGGCGUCGUGGUAACCAACGAGGGAACAGUUGACGAUGAAACUACAAAUGGCAGUAGCAGCAAGCGACCGUCAUAUCCAGUAGAAUACUCACCGGCGGCCAUGACUGAAUCUACAGUUGAUGAUGACUUUUUGCCACCGCCAUACCAACGACGGAACGACCCCCAAAAAGAGCACCAAGAAGAUGAUUGGACCAGUGGCAGCGGUUACGGCAUGCCCGUGCUAGUUCAACGCACUUUGGCCAAACAAAUACAACUUAGGCAACUGGUCGGCAAGGGCCGUUAUGGUGAAGUGUGGCGAGCUACUUACUGGAAUGGCGGUCACGAGCAUGUGGCUGUCAAAAUAUUCUUAUCUAAAGACGAACCAUCAUGGAAGCGAGAGACAGAAAUCUAUAGCACGGUCCUGAUGAGACACGAUAAUAUAUUAGGUUUUAUUGGUUCCGACAUCAUGACUUCACGUAACUCGUAUACCACACAGUUACUGCUUAUUACUCACUAUCACCGACAUGGAUCAUUGUACGAUUUUCUGCAGACACCGGCUGCCGUCGCUGAAGCUACGUAUAAUGGAUAUGAUAUUGGCACCAUCGAGGCUGCGGGUGGUCGACUGCAGCAAACCGACCGCGAUAGACCACCACUCACGGUGUGCCAAAUGUUAAACGUACUGUACACUGUAGCAAGUGGUCUAUGUCACCUGCACACUGAAAUCCACGGCACGCAGGGUAAACCGGGAAUCGCGCACCGGGACAUCAAGAGUAAAAACGUGUUGGUAAAAUGCGCAGAGACGGGUGCGUGUUGUGUUGCCGAUUUUGGAAUGGCCGUCACUAGCCGUGACGCGACACUUCCAAUUCAAACAACAACAGCCGCGGGUGCCAAUCAAAAUACGAGGGUUGGCACAAAGCGGUACAUGGCGCCAGAAGUUUUAGACGACAGCAUAUCAUCUGCGGCCACUUUAGCAUUAGCUUCUGCGUCAACUUCCGCGACAGCGGUGUCAUCAGUAGCCUCCUCAUCAUCUUCCACCGCCGCGUCUGUUGCCGCCGCCGCUUCUUCUUCAUCAGCGUAUUGGUGCUUCGACGCAUAUCGCCGCGGUGACGUGUACUCAUACGCACUCGUCAUGUGGGAAGUUCUGUCUAGGACAUUUAUAGAACCCAAUGUCGACAAUGCUGAACACCUUACACAACAACCAAAUGAUAAUCAACGAAAACCCUCUCUGGAUAACAGAUACGACCCAUAUGUGUACCGCGCACCAUACCAAGACCGUGGCGUUGGGUGGGAUCCCGGAUUCGAUGACAUGCGUCGAGUCGUAUGCUCUGCGGAUCCUGUACUUAGCCGUCCUGGGGUAGCGGCUGAGUGGUUAGCCAACCCGAUAAUGAACGCUGUAGUGGUGACAAUGCGAGAAUGCUGGCAUGGCAACCCUCAUGCUCGCCUACCCUCUUUACGCGUUAAAAAGACUCUAGCUAAGCUUAUUGAGCAAUAUUCCACGACAGAGACUGAAAAGCAGCACAAAUCAGAGCCCGAACAAUAGACAAUAAUGACGUCUACGACAACGAAUCAGUUAUGAUGUAAUAUACAUAAGUGUAAAUAAUAAUUACUAAUAACAUUUGGAUUUGAAUGACAGUGGCUGUGGUGAAAAAUUACUAUAAUCAAGGAAAUAUAUUGUAUUUUCUCUGCUCCUUCCUCCACUUGUUCAUUCUUAAAAUGUUAUUAGUCAUGUAUUUUUUUUUUUUUUUUAAUAACUACAUGCAAUUGUUAUAUUAUGUACAAUACAAUUUUUUAACAAUAAUAAUUAUAAAAUUUCCUACUUCUA